GACAUCUAAAUUCCCACGCAUCACCUUCUCGAGGAUCGACGCCAGCCUGCAGCUGCUUCCUCUCGUCCACACACUACACGCUGUAUACUAUAUUCUGUCCACCGCUGGGGACAUUAUCAUUAUCUAUAUAUCUUACAAGCAUAUUAACCGUUAAUCAAACCCACAGAUUCCUAUCGUAAUGACUUCGACAGUCGACCAACCUCCUCGUGCGCCCCCCAUUAAGUAUACCGCUCACCUAGGAACUCGCUGGCAGAAAGAAAAGGCUGCCGCAGGUCACGGCGCCUUCGAAUUUCCCGAGGAUCCAAGGUAUAUUGGCCAGUGGAUCAUUGGCGAGUGUGUCGGCAAAGGUGCAAGUGGUCGCGUCCGCAUUGCAAAGCACCGCCGUACUGGUCAACUCGCCGCCGUCAAAAUUCUUCCCCUUCAACCAGUAGUCAACUCCCGCGCUUCCCUCGCCACACAGCAGGCGAAAUCAGAAAAACAACGGUUGGGUAUCGACAGAGAAAUUAUCAUGAUGAAACUCAUGAACCACCCAAACAUCCUCCGGAUCUACGAUGUUUUCGAAGGCGAGAAGGAACUUUACCUCGUACUCGAGUACGUAGAAGGUGGCGAGCUCUUUGACUUCCUUGUCAACCGCGGAAGGCUCCCUCCUCUAGAAGCUCUCUCCUUUUUCAAGCAGAUCGUCUAUGGACUAAACUACGCCCACACUUUCUCUAUCAUUCACCGUGAUCUUAAACCCGAAAAUAUCUUGAUUCACUCACUAAAACCGCCGCUCAUUAAACUAGCCGAUUGGGGCAUGGCCGCUUUUGCCCCUCCUGCCCUACAGCUCGAGACUAGUUGUGGAAGCCCUCACUACGCAAGCCCGGAGAUUGUCAAUGGCCUGAAAUAUAGAGGCAAUGCCACUGACAUUUGGAGCUGCGGCGUUAUCCUCUUCGCUUUACUUACCGGCAGGCUUCCAUUCGACGAUAAGAAUGUCCGGAUCCUUCUUUCCAAAGUUAAGGCGGGCAAGUACGACAUUCCAGCCUACAUCGAUCCUCAGGCAAAAGAUCUCUUGACUCGCAUGCUUGUAGUAGAUGUCAACCGUCGUAUUACGAUUCCCGAAAUCAUGGCCCACCCUUGGUUCAACAAAUCAACACCUGGGAUUGUCUAUGUUCCAGCUCCCUCUGUCGUUGAAUUGGCUCUUCCCCUGCCGUCAGCGGCCCGUAUUGACCCUGAUCUUUUGGAAUCUCUCCGCGUCAUCUGGGGGAGACAUGGUGACAUCGAAACGAUCAAAGCCGACCUCUUGAGCCCAGCAGGCGAAGGCACAUUGGCCAAGGCGUUCUAUUUCUUGUUGCAACACUACCGCGAGCAGACUUUCAAAGAUUAUGGUAUCAUUCUUGAUGUAGGCGAGGCACCUGUUUCUCCCGGCAUAAAGGUUAUUACAAAACAGUACAUGUCACCCCCUCCGAAGAGAAGCGUCGAUGUAGAUGCAUAUUCUCUACGUUUACGGAGUAGUCGGGAUGCGCCCCCACCUCCUUCCCGCACGCCAUCGCCCCAGCAACCUGGUCUGGCGUCUCCUUUCCUUGGUGGAACUUCACGAGCCCGACCUCCGUCCCCGAUUGGACCCAGACCACAUCGCGUCCGACCUAUGUCUUCCCCUGUCCGCGAGGCCCCUACACGUCAUAGGAGCAUGAAAUCUGGCCACAUCACUGAACCUGCGAAUCCCCACCCCGAGCCCCAAUACAGGACGCGUGCAUCAACCGUCUCCCUUCUCUAUCCUCGAGCGAAUCAGGAUCAGCACGGCUAUCUCGCUCAUAACCAACAAAUGUUCCAGCCCUUGACUGUUCCGAGCACACCGCCAAUGGGGUCCCGCUUUCCUGGCGCUCCUGCACACCCCGCCCUCAACCCUUGUAUCCUCCGAGCUCCUGUUCCAAUCUCCGCUGUUGCAAAUGAACAAGUAUCAGCGAACUCAACGGAGGUUGAAAUGCAGUCUGCGACGGGCUCUGAUCCGGAUUGGGUGAAUGUUCUUUCGGCGUGGCAAAGCGUAACACAGGGGCGCAACCAGGAGCAAGCUUACCAUUCUCCGACUCAAGGAUACACCGAGGCAUUUGUUAACCGUCACGGCUAUGCCCCUUUGAAUGAGCCUACGGUCGAUUAUGAGUAUCACCAAUUCCCCAGCGAAACUAAUAAGGAAAAUCAUGAUCAUCAUAACUUCCGACAGCCUUACCUGGAGGUCAUGCAGACACGUGGUGGGUUGUUUGGUGGUAGGCUCAACGAGGCACGCGUCGGACGUGAGUUGCGCAACAGUAUCUAUGGCGCUCGUGAGGUCAUGAAAGAAAAGGACAAAAAAGCACGACCCCCAGCGCUUGACCUCCACUCACCAGCCCACCCAUCCAAACGCUCCAUCCUCGGGUCACCACUCCAGAUCUCCUCACCCGUUAUGCCCUCUAUCCUCUCCACCCCCGUCGGGGAAGUCAAAGGCUGGUUCUCCAACCUCUUCAACUGGAAAGCACACACCUACGUACUCUGUUCGACGGACACGAUGUACGCCACGCGUAACGAGGCCGUUCGCAUUCUCGAGCAGUUCGGUGUCAUCGUCGGCCUUGAGGAGACGGAUGGGCAUGGGGUUCUCCGAUGUCGCUUGAAUGACCUUGUUGAUACUAUGUCCGGGUCGGUCGUGCAGAAACAAGUUCGGUUCCGAGUCGAAUUCUCUUCCUCAUCGUCUUCGUCCUCGUCUUCGCAGGGGCACCCGCAGUCCCCCACCCCUGCAUCCAGUCCACGAUUGCCCAUGUAUCAUGCUUCAGGACCGAUGUCGCCUACAUUUCGAUAUGGGUUUGGGAAGCCUUCGUUAGGAAGCGGGUUCACGUGCGCAAUCGUGCUCGUGCAGGAGAAGGGGUCGGUGUCUAGCUUUAGGAUGGUGUGUAGGUGGUUGAGGGAAGAGUGGGCGCUGGAUGCUUUGCACUCACCUGUUGCUGGGGCCGGGGCCUUUGUGGAGAGAUUUGUGUGA